UACCCAUCAUACUGCAGAUCUUUCAAUAUGGCAUCAUCAUCAUCAAUAUCCAACUCCUCAGAAAAUAAUAACCUAAGAAUUAUCGUCGAGAGAAAUCCUUCUGAAGCCAGGCUUUCCGAGUUGAAAAUCAAGUGUUGGCCCAAAUGGGGCUGUUCGCCGGGGAAAUAUCAGCUGAAAUUUGAUGCAGAAGAAACAUGCUAUUUGUUGAAAGGAAAAGUGAAGGCGUACCCAAAAGGGUCAUCGGAGUUUGUGGAGUUUGGUGCCGGUGAUCUUGUAAUCAUACCAAAGGGAAUAAGUUGCACUUGGGACGUUUCACUUGCCGUUGAUAAAUACUACAAAUUCGAAUCAUCAUCAUCAACAACGGCUUCUUAGCAUCCUUGAUCUCCUUCUUGGUUUAGUUGAUUAAUUUCUUUCUUUUUUUAUCUUAUAAAUUUUAUUCUUUCAAAUAUUUACUCUCAAUUUUUGGGAUAUUUCUUCCCCGCUUUUUUUUUUUUUUUUUUUUUUUUCAAGUUCUGGGUUGUCUUCUGUUUGUGGAUUAUUAUGCAGAGGAUGGUGAUCUCUUCUAGUGGCAGUCAAAGAAAGGGAAAACAAUUAGUCAAUGCAUGUCUCAUUCAAAACUAA